AUGGAGAAAAUGGUGGCCAACAAACUUAUCCUGCACAAAAGCUGUUUCUGCUGUAAACACUGUAAGAAGAGGCUCAGGUGAGACAAUUUCAUGAGGAAAUAACCCAGAUCAACAUUCUGAAAAAGUUACUCAAUCAAUCAAUCAAUCAUGGAGCACCAGAUUUACAAAUUUACUUUUUUUUCAUAUCACAAAAAAACAAACAAAAACAAAACUUGUUUUGAUUUUUCAGCAUCCACAACCAUUCAUCUCUUUAUGGGGAGUUCUACUGCAUUUCUCACUAUCAACAGCUUUUUAAAAGAAAAGGGAAUUAUGAUGAAGGAUUUGGACACAAGCAACACAAAGACCACUGGCUUCACAAAAAUAAAGGCACAGAUGAGCCGGACGUUGUUUCCACUCCUAAAGUGAAAAAAAGUAGCAAAAGCAGUUUAAGUGACAGCAUCAGGGAUUCCUCUGCUGAUGCUUUUAUAACCAAGUCGUCUGCAAGAGAGCUGGGAUCCAACAGUGGUGCCGAUGUUAAGGGCAAACUAAAAAUGAGCUGGCCACCAGAGAAGAAGACUGCUGGGGUUAAUACAGCAACAACAACGUACGUGAAGAGCAAUAUCUCUGACAUUUCCAAAACAUCCUCUUACAGCAGAAGCUUCACAGAGCAUCAGAAGAGUGACACCCAGCAAUUAAAGACCAACCAUGGUGGAGAAGUGAAAGACAAAGUGAAGACAUUGACAAGUUCCUUCAUUUCAGGGAUGAAAGAAGAAUCCAAAACAACAAUUUAUAACUCAACUGAGAAGUUCUCCACAGAGGGACCCAAACCAAGGAGUGAUCCGAUCAAAGUGGAGCGAUUUAAAGACAGAGUGGACGGCACGUCUCCAAGAGUACUUCACUUUUCUGUGCCCUCCCAAGAAAAGAGUAUCACUGACACAAACCGAAAACCAGAGCAUAAAAAUGUGACACCAACCUCCAAAACAAACUACAGUCCAACACUGAAAAGACACAACAGCUAUUCAAAUAAAUCAAAGAAGUCUGUACGAUUUUCUCCAAAUGUGGAUGUUUCUCAGUUUGACCUGUCCUCUCAGCUGACCACAGAAGACAAAGAGGACAAUACACAGCUUCAAGACUUACCUGAAGAGAGCACGGAGAAUAAAUCCAAGGAUUCGAAUGAUGACAAAGAAGAAAAUACUGCUGUCAAUCUAUUACCUGAGAGUGAACUAGAGGUACACCUUCAAACACCAGAGCAUAAAUGCAACGGAGAAAUAGGCAAGACGCUAAACCAAGAGCAAGAUGUUGGCGUGGAGAGCAGUGAGGAGAUCCUAAGGACAAAUAUAGAUGUAAUGAAUGGAGUUCCAGACAAGGUUGAGGAGUCGGUUAAUAUUUUCACUGAAACUGUGAAAAUAACCCAUGAAGUUGAGAAACACCAAGAGCCACCUGAGAUUUCAGACAUCAAACCAACAGACUCUGUCAAUGAAAGUAAACCAGAAAAUCCAGACGCUCCUGCAGAACCCUUGAACGGAGAGGAGACUGGACUUGAGAGGAAUGUAAAUCAACUUGAAAAGACUGACCCUGCCAAUGAUGACACCAGUGGGAGUAAAAGGACACCUGUUGCAAGGUCAAAUUCUCUGAAAGGUUCUGUAAAACCAGCUGAAAAGCCAAAGGCCAGACUUGGAUCCUGGUCCAAAGGAAAGAGUCCUCUAUCAAAACUUUUCACUUCAGGUGGAACAACAAAAGGUGAACAGAAAGAUGUAAAGAAACCAGAUGGAAAACCAGGCGGUGGACUUUUGGGAAGAUUGUUUCAGUCGUCCUCAGAGAAAGCAGAGGACAACAUGAAAUCAGCCACGCAAACUGAAGGUAAUGAUAAAAAAGAUGCUGAAGCCAAAAUGGCAGAGGAGGUAAAAGUAGCCGUGGCUGAGGAGACACCAAAGAAAGGUGAUGGGAUUCAGGAACAAGAAGCCAAGGAGCAGAAAGAGGAAGAGCCACAGUCCACAGAACCAAACACACCAGAUAGGAACACAAAUGCAGCUGUAUGCCAAGAGCCAACUAACCUGCUCGAGGCCACAAAAAGUGAACCACAAGAUGACCAAACAGCUCCAGAACAAAAGGAUACAGAUUUACAAAGUAGUCAGUCUUCAAGUGUGUCUGUGACCGAUCCUGAUCCUGAAAAAGCUGAGUCCAAAGAGUUUCCUAUCACUGAGGAAUCAGAGAGCCAAAUAUCUGAGGGGUGGAGCACACAGUUAAUAACAGAGAACAGCAGCGAUGUAGAUUUGAAAACUACAUUUAAAGAUGAUAUUUUUGGAGACAGUGUCAGUUCAGCUGAUGUUGACCCUUUCACUGUUCAAAUGAAUACUAAUGAAUCGACCCAAAUGUCAGGAGAAGAGAUGGAUGCACCACACGAAGAUGGACAAGACCUGUUUGGUGGAGCACUUCUUGAUACCAACCAAGGAUUUCCUGAAAUUACAACUGAUCCUUUUGGUUUGUCUGACUCUCAAGAGCUUAUCGUGACCAACCCUGGUGAUCCAUUUUCAUCUCCUCUGGGUGACACAGCUUUUCCUGCUUCAGGUGAUACAUUUGGUCUGCUUGACUCCAAACCUCACUCGACGCUGACUGAAAAUGAAGUGACUCAUGGCUUUUCAGAUCCUUUUACCAUUCUUGAUUCAGCACCUGUAAACCAAACUGAGGACCAAAUCUCAAGUCCGGUAGAUGUAAGUGGUCAGACAAAAGAGCAGGAAACCAACUUUGACAUUUUCAGCUCAAAUGACUUCCUGUUCACUCCGUCACCUGCUGCUAAUGUCCCUCCUCAAGAAGGAUCUGCCUUCCCUGAAGAUAUCUUUGGAGUCAGUGAUACUUUCAGCAGUGUAGAUGUGUUUACAACUCUACCUCCUGCCUCAGGAACCUCUGACUCGCUGAAUGAUCUACUUGGAGUUGAUGCAUUUUCUGCUGCUGCUCCUUCAGCACAGACAAAUCUUUUUGCUGAUGACAUCUUUGGAUCAGAGCCACAGCUGCUCCCAGUAUCUGAAUCAAGUGACGUCAGUUUAUUUGGAGACAGUCUUUUAGUGUCAAACAAGAACAACAACAGCAGUGGUGAGCAAACAGCCCAGAAUACUGUAUCAGACAGUAGCUGGAUGGAUGAUUUACUCGGGUAA